GUGUACAGUUUACUGAGCACUGGGACUCAGUAUCGUUUACCAGCACAGACACGGAGACGCGCUCAGCUUCUAUUGAGAGCAAACAACCAAGUGAACCCUCCGGCUGCGUCCAGUAGACCCACCAGAACCGGAUCUUGGGAAUUUAACGAACUCAACGGCCAUUUUCAACAAAACGAGCGCAGUCAAGUGGAUGCGUCUGUCCUUGCUGCUGAUACGGAUCAUUAUAUACUCGCCUCGGGACGACCUGGCACACGCAGUCAGUCCCCACCCCGCAGCCAAACCACCACAGAGGCUGUGGGAUACUCCGGGUCCCUCCGGUCACAGUCCAGCAGCUCUUCAGCUCUUUCCUCCGUCCAAGAGUUCUCCGGCAGCGGAGUCCCACGAGGAGGCCGUAGUGCACUUGGAGAUGAUACAGGUGUACAACGAGCCAGCGCGUCACAGGCAAGAUCGCCGGCUUUUACCCACAGCCAAAGCGGCAGAACCAGGUCCCAGAGCACGCAUUCAACUGUUCGAUCACCUGCCACAUCAAUAUGGGUGACCACGGCAGAGGACGCUGGGAACGCACGUCAUAUAACCCAGGAGACCACGCUGGGAGACGCUCCCAGUGCGCGCGGUGUGCAAAGAGCGCACACUCUGACCAGAGUCACGCCAGAGUUAAUUGUUUCUCCCACAGCACUGUACAGCAACGCUGUAGAAUUACAAUUUCCACGUAGCGGACCCGAUGCCUCACGCACUACAGACGCGAGUGACCCACGAGACCCGCACAGUAUUCAUCACAGGAACUCGGUUUUCUAUAACGUUUACCCACCAGACCGCAGGAACAGGCUGAGUGCGCGCCCUCCACCAGGAGCCGGCUACGGGACCAGGUUCUUCCACAACGGUCUUCCAGACUUGGUUCCUGACCCUUACUACAUCCAAGCAGCCUCGUACAUUCAGAGAGCACAGAUGUAUGCACUUCGCUGUGCAGCUGAGGAGAACUGUCUUUCCAGCUCUGCAUAUCACCCGAGUGUGAGUGACCUCGACUAUCGAGUUCUGCUGCGCUUCCCACAGCGAGUGAAGAACCAGGGAACAGCAGACUUCCUCCCAGUGAGACCCAGGCAUGAGUGGGAGUGGCACAGCUGUCACCAGCAUUACCACAGCAUGGAAGCAUUUAGUAACUACGACCUGCUGGAUGUCUCCACUGGACUGAAGGUUGCUGAGGGACACAAAGCCAGUUUCUGUCUAGAGGACACGUCGUGUGAUGCAGGAGUACGGCGACGCUUUGCCUGCACUACUCACACACAAGGUCUCAGUCCUGGAUGCUAUGACACGUACCACGCCAACAUCGACUGCCAGUGGAUCGACAUCACUGAUGUGCCGCCGGGGAACUACAUACUCAAGGUAACGGUGAACCCCUCUCACCUGGUCGAGGAGUCUGACUUCUCCAACAACGAGGCUCAGUGUGACGUCAGGUACACGGGAAGCUACGUCCAGGCGAGAAACUGCAGGAUCGUUGUGAGCUGACCUGACAGCAGACUGAACAUCUCACAGGCAAACAUGUACUUAAUCUCUUCUUGCUGCUCCUAAUGAGCAGCUGCUGAUACCAUCAUCUGAUGUGCUUCUAAAUGAAUCUGUAUUUAUAUGAUUUAUUGUAUCCAAAGCCAGGAUGGCUCAAUUUGACCUUUUACUUAUUUAUAUGAAUAUUCAUUUUAAGUGGAUUUUGUGCUGUUGGCUGUUACUGUGAGACUGACUUGGUGCUGACUGUGGGGAAGCAGUGGUGCUCCAGCUUUCCUCCAUCACAUCUAUUAGGAUUUUGUCAGAGACCAGCAAAUAUACCCUGAAGUAUACAG